UGGUUGAGGGCCAAGUGGGUUCUUGGCUUCACGUGAGAAAGAACUCAAGAGCUAGCCUACAGAAUAUGACAGAAGCGGGGUGGCCCUGGCCAGGGAAGAGGAGUUGCAUGUGUCGCUUCAGCUGGGGAUAGCAGCGGGACUUGUGCGACUGCAUGGAUUUGUGAAAUGGCUGCUGACAUUUCUGAAUCCAGUGGGGCUGAUUCCAAAGGCGACCCAAGGAACAGUGCCAAGUUAGAUGCCGAUUACCCACUUCGAGUCCUUUAUUGUGAAGUCUGUUCAUUACCAACAGAGUACUGUGAAUAUAUGCCUGAUGUUGCUAAAUGUAAACAAUGGUUAGAGAAGAAUUUUCCAAAAGAGUUUGCAAAACUUACUGUAGAAAAUUCACCCAAACAAGAAACUAGAAUUGGUGAGGGUCAAGGAACAGCAGAGGAAGAGGAGGAGAAGAAAAAACAAAAGAGAGGUGGAAGGGGUCAAAUAAAACAAAAAAAGAAGACCGUCCCACAGAAGGUUACCAUAGCCAAAAUCCCCAGAGCAAAGAAGAAAUACAUGAUGAGAGUAUGUGGCCUUGCAACUUUCGAAAUUGAUCUUAAAGAAGCACAAAGAUUUUUUGCUCAGAAAUUCUCCUGUGGUGCCUCAGUAACAGGGGAGGAUGAAAUUAUCAUUCAGGGAGACUUUACAGAUGACAUAAUUGAUGCCAUUCAGGAAAAGUGGCCAGAGAUAGAUGAUGACAGCAUUGAAGAUCUUGGAGAAGUAAAGAAGUGAUUUUGAAAAUUUGUUUGUAUUUAAUGACCUGAACUGAAAGUUGAUACGGCCAAAGGGGGAGAGGCCUUUUAA